CCCACAAGUCAUUCCGCAUCUCCCGCCACCGGGGUGGAGCCGAGCAUCUCCGCUCCUUUCUGUCCGAGAAUAUAUACACUGAAGCUUGAGACAAAACUUACUCAAUUUCUGGAUCUAAAUUAAAGACUUGAUAUGGCAAUGAAGAAAGAGACUGACUUUGCUAUUUUCACCUGAAGAAAAAUGAUAGACAAAAAUCAAACCUGCAUUGCAGGACAAGAUUCCCUGCCUUAUAUGACUUGUCUGAUUCACAUCCUUGAAGCAUGGCUUGGCGUGGAGCAGUUGGAGGACUACGUGAAUUUUGCAAACCAUCUCUUGUGGGUUUUUACCCCGCUCCUACUUUUAAUACUUCCUUACUUUACCAUCUUUCUUCUCUACCUUACUAUUAUUUUCCUGCACAUUUAUAAGAGGAAGAAUAUGUUAAAAGAAGCCUACUCUCAUAAUUUAUGGGACGGUGCCAGGAACACGGUAGCCACCCUGUGGGAUGGACACGCCGCUGUUUGGCAUGGUUAUGAAGUUCAUGGGAUGGAAAAAAUACCAGAAGGACCAGCACUUAUAAUUUUUUAUCAUGGAGCAAUUCCCAUAGAUUUUUACUACUUCAUGGCUAAAAUCUUUAUCCAUAAAGGCAGAACGUGCCGAGUAGUAGCUGAUCACUUUGUCUUUAAAAUUCCAGGGUUUAGUUUAUUACUUGAUGUAUUUUGUGCUCUACACGGACCAAGAGAAAAAUGUGUUGAAAUUCUGAGAAGUGGUCACUUGUUAGCUAUCUCACCAGGUGGAGUUCGGGAGGCCCUCAUUAGUGAUGAAACCUACAACAUCAUAUGGGGCAGCCGGAAAGGCUUUGCUCAGGUUGCAAUUGAUGCACAAGUGCCCAUUAUUCCUAUGUUUACACAAAAUAUUCGAGAAGGAUUUAGAUCACUUGGAGGAACAAGGUUAUUUAGGUGGCUUUAUGAAAAAUUCCGCUAUCCAUUUGCACCAAUGUAUGGGGGUUUUCCAGUGAAGUUACGGACCUAUUUAGGGGAUCCCAUUCCAUAUGAUCCAAAGGUCACAGCAGAAGAACUAGCUGAAAAGACCAAGAAUGCUGUUCAAGCUUUGAUUGAUGAGCACCAAAGAAUACCAGGAAAUAUUAUGCGUGCAUUGUUAGAACGUUUUCACAAGAAACAGAAGGUCAACUAGAAGAUAAUUUAAUACAUCUAUAUUAAUAUGUUUGCAACUAUAGUACUGUCUUCUACAUUUUAUAAGUCCUACACUUGGUACUUUUAAAAGAGCAUAUUAAUAAGCAUCUUUCUUAGAUCUUGUUUAUUUAAAUUUAUAUUGUCAAUUGUGUUUUUGUAAUCAAUUAUGUUAAAUUUAAUUAGCAACUCAUUACAUGCAUAAUAAUUCAGAAAAUGAUCAUAUUUUAUUUGUAAAUUCUUAGUGAUGAAUGAUAAAAAUAUAGGUUUUUGAAGUUAAACGUUUUUAAUAAAAGCAGUUUAGGUUUAACAGUUUAGCUAAGCAGUAUUACUGAAUAAUGCAUUUAAUAUCUGUGUUUGUUAGAUUGACUAAUUUGGAGAGAGGGUAUAUGUUAACGUUUCACUAGUUGCUUGAUUAGGUUAAAUAAGAAAUGCUUUUAUUUGUGCUUCAGUCCUUGUAUAAUUUGAGCAAAUCAUGCGAAGCUUUUGUGCCUCAAGAAUUUAAUUUUUAAAACAUGAUAAUAACAUGGUAAGGAGCAUUAUUUUAAGUUGUGUAUCUUGACUGUCAUGGAUAAUUGUUGAACCAAAAUUAUAACUGAUUUGGUUAAACAAUAUCAAACUCUUCAGGAGUUGGUACAUAUAUUUGUCCAUUUUCAAAUAUGUCUGGUUGCCAAGCACAAUGAAAAGGUGUACUGUGUUUAUUCUGUAAAGUAAAAAAGAAAUUAAGAAUAG